CUUUUUUGAUAUCUUCCAGAGCACACUCCACAGUUUUUCGGCUUUCCAACAAGGAUCAUGGAGUCAGGAAUGAUGAUAAUGAAAUCUGUGCAGCAGAACUCAGGGCAAAACGACGCCAGUAUUCCGAAGCUAAUAAAUCCGGUUCUGGUAUCAUCCUCCAUUUCUUUACAAAGAAUUUUGGAAUUUUCACUAAAAGACGUCCGGAUCUCACAUUCAAGUUCAAUCCAUUCGUCUCAGACAACAACAGACGUUGAAAAUGUUGAUCCUCUUACAAAAGCCAUCUCAUCAGAAGGAAAAUUUGUACAUGCUAUGUGGUCAGGGGUGACAGAAAUGGAUCCUAAACUACGCGGUGCUGUCUUGUUUGCGGGUGCUGUGUUCCAAUUUCAUCAGCUGGCAAACAUGACGAGCUCUGCCACAUUGGAUUUCCAAGCUGGAAACCUUUCAGGCACCGAUCUGAAUUUCGGAAAAGCAUUCUUUACAUUAUUUCCGGAGAUGGUACGUAUCACCGCCUUCAUUUGGUGUUUUUUUCUAGAGGUGAUCCUGCUCUUGCGUGUGCAUCCUGCAGCUCAAUGUGCUCUUAUGCUGCUCAUGAUGUAUGCGCCGCUAUAUUAUUUCGCUGAUCUAGCACGCAAGGCUUCUGGGAUUGGCGUAAAUUGCAAGACAUUCAAGAUGCCGGCCUUAUGGUUUGCUGCCGUAGGGGGUGUUGGCAUCUCCUUGGUAGCCGGUUUGAUGAUUUUGGUGGUGGUGUAUGGUGCAUGGCUAUACACACACAAGAGAGGACUGACAGUGAGGGAAGUAGUGAUCAGUCCAAAUGACAUAACACAUACUCUGGACAAUAUAUGAUUACUCAUACAUCUUUGUAUUGUGUGUAAACCUAACAACUUAUUCUGUCUUGCUAUAAGUUAGUCAUGUGUGAUACUUCUUGAUAAGAUAAUGCUUUAUUUUUUGGUUCAAUAACAUAAUGGUUUAUGGAUGGACGUGUUUGAUUAUUCAAUGUUCACUAUUCAUUUA